CGCCCCCAGCCCUCCCAGCUCAGUCUCCUCAGCACCGGCACCGGAGCCCAUCCAGCCGCCGGGAUGAUGAUGUGGUCCAACUUCUUGAUGCAAGAGGAGGACCGGAGGCGGGGGGCGGCCGCCCGGCGAGGUGACGGGCAGCGCCAGCCCGGGCUGUCGCCGGAGCAGGAGGGCAAGGUCAAGCUGGUGCUGCUGCUGACCGCGGUGGGCGCCACGCUGGCCGUGCUGGCCGUGGGCACCGAGUUCUGGGUGGAGCUCAACACCUUCAAGGCCAACGGUAGCGCCGUGUGUGACGCCGCCUACCUGGGACUGUGGAAGAUGUGCGUCAAGCGACUGUGGCAGCAGGAUGUGCCCGCCGGCAGGGAGACGUGCGGCCCCGCCCAGCUGCCCGGAGAAGCCAACUGCACCUAUUUUAAAUUCUUCACCACGGGGGAGAAUGCACACAUCUUCCAGAGAACUACAAAGAAAGAGAUGAAUCUGGCAGCUGCGGUGAUAGCAGUGCUCGGUCUGACCGUCUUGGCCCUGGGUUGCCUGUGCAUCAUCAUGGUGCUCAGCAAGGGCGCAGAGUUCCUGGUCCGAGUUGGAGCUGUCUGCUUUGGCCUCUCAGGUCUGCUGCUCCUGGUCAGCCUGGAGGUGUUCCGGCAUUCCGUGCGAGCCCUGAUACAAAGAGUCAGCCCAGAGCCUCCCCCGGCCCCGGCCCUCACCUACGAAUACUCCUGGUCUCUGGGCUGCUGUGUGGGCGCCAGCCUGGUCCUGCUGCUGGUGGGCAUCUGCUUUCUCCUGCUCACCCUGCCGCCCUGGCCCUGGGGCUCACUCUGUCCCAAGCAGGGGCCCAGGGCCACCUAGAGCCACCAUGUUGCUUUCUCUAAGCUCCUUCCAAACCCUUCUUCUUUAUCCCCUGCCCCCUCAAAAUUUUUUGCCCCACAUCCUGGAGAAGCUGUUCUCCUUGCUCUGGGGCCUACAUUGCUCGCACACCUGUCUCUCAUGCCCUCAUCUUUCCCUUUGUAAAUAUGUUUUCCUCAGUGGCUGAAUUUGGGUCACUUGGGGGUGGGGUGGGAGAGGCUUUUUGCAAACGAGGGUCCCCAGGGAAGGUUGGUGGGACCUGAUGGGGUAACUAGGGAUGGGGGGAUGAGGUCAGGGUGUGUUGGGAGAGAAUUGGACCUAUUCAUUUCUGAGAUCUGGCUGUAUUCACUUGUGGGAAAGCCUUCUUCGGACUAAUCUGAAAUUUGGAGACAUAGAGAAACAGGAGGGGGAAAUGUCUGGGUCUGAUCUCACUGUGGUCUGAUUUGGGAUUAAA